AUGAGUAAACAAAAGGCUUAUAAGAAAAAUGUUGUGUCUAUAGAUGAAGUAGAGGAAGUAGAGAGACAAAAAGACCAGAAAGUGAAGGAUAAAGGAGAAGAUAAAGAUACAGUUUAUGUUCCACCCUCUCCUUAUAAACCACCAAUUCCAUUUCCGCAAAGACUUAAACAGACAAAAAUUGAUAACCAAUAUAAAAAGUUUAUAAAAGUGAUUGAGAAACUCCACAUAGAAAUCCCUUUCACCGAAGCCAUCACCCAGAUACCAUCUUAUGCUAAAUUCCUUAAGGGCAUCUUGACCAACAAACGUAGGCUGGAUGAUCCCAAACCUUUAGAAUGCAACUCCAUUGCUGAGAACAAACUUGCUAAGAAGGAGAAAGAUCCCGAGAGCUUUUCCAUACCUUGUAUUUUAGGGAAUCAUGUUAUAGACAAAGUGUUCAUAGACUUGGGAGCAAGCGUAAGCCUGAUGCCUUUAGAAGUUUGUAGAAGGCUAAACCUAGGAGAAUUACAACCCACUAAGAUGUCUUUUCAAUUAGCCGAUAAAUUUAUAAAAUAUCCAGUAGGCAUAUUAGAAGACAUUCCAGUUAGAAUCAGACAACUUUAUAUCCCAACAGAUUUCGUGGUAAUGGACAUUAAAGAAGACGACAAAAUCCCGUUCCUCCUUGGUAGACCCUUCUUAUCAACUGCGGGAGCCAUACUAGAUGUUAAAAGAGGAAAACUAAAUUUUGAAGUGGGUGAUGAAAAGAUAGGAUUUAUACUUUCCAAAUUCCUAAUGGCACCAGUCAUAGAAGACUCUUGUUAUGACAUCGAUAUCAUUGAUGAAUGCAUAAGGGAGUUAGAUCAAGAAAGACCUCCUGAGAUAAUGAAAUAUUCCUCGACUUCCAUAAGAGAAGACGACGUAUUUAGACUGGAGCCUCACAUGGAUGACAACCUUUAUGAAUUCUUAGCACUUACCCCGAACCAUAUGCCAUGUCUUAAGAAACCAUAUAUAGAGCUUAAGGAACUACCCAAGAAUCUAAGAUAUGAGUUUUUAGAUCAAGAACUAAAUCGCCCAAUUAUAGUAAGCGCCACCUUGAAUAGAGAUGAAACAAACCAACUUUUAGAUAUCUUAUAA